GCAACUUGUAAAGGACUCCUGGGCUGUCUGUCCAGUAGACUUUCAAAAGUUCCUUGGUAUCCUAGCAACAUGCAGAAACUUUCAGCAUUGGCUAUGACUCACUAACCAAGAGUAUGUUAUCCUGUCUUUAUAGGUCUAUUAGAAUAGGUAAGAAUUAACAGAUUCCCACUGAGUCUACUCAGAGUGUUUAGAGUAAGGAGUUCCCUUUAAACCAGUAACAGAAUGAACUUUGCCAUUAAAUUCAAGGAUCUUUUGAACCUCGCAAUAGGUGACCCAGAGAGAGGGGUGCUGAAUUCCAGUGUCCUGUACAUCUUGUUGCAGAGCAUCAUAGAACACCUCAAGCUGGAAGAGCAGAUGAAGGUUCUUCCAGGGAGUGAGGAGGACUACCUUUCAUCUACUUUCAGUUUGGAAAAGUUGACGAAGGCUCUCCCAGGGAGUGGGGGGGAUUCCCUUCCAUCUGGCCCCAUCCAGCUUAAGUCUGAGGAGAAGUCAGAGGAGAGAGAAGAGAAUAAAGUAUACCAUAUACAAUUUGAUAGCAUCAAAAUCUUUGACCAGCGAUUAUCUGCAAUGGAAAAACAGAUGGCCUUUCUGGAGGCAUUGCCCUCCACUGAGCAGCUGCUGGAAAGCAGUCAUCUUUUGAAAACACCAGCCAAAGAUAUGUGGCAGAUGUUGAAGCUCAAAAAAAAGGUAGAGGGAAAUGAAGAAGGAAUGACAAAGGCUAUGGACACGCUACAGGAUCUGCUCACCACUAUUUGUGGUCUUCAGGCAGAUAUAAAUUUCUUCACGACCAAACUGGAAGAAAUGAAGAAAAAGAUGGACAAGAUCAACCCAGAAGAAAUAAGUAAAAACUUAGAAGAAUUGGAAGAUCAACAUGAACAGAUCAAAAAUCUUCAGUUUGACAUGGAAGAGGUCAAGAAUAAGCUUCUCUCCUUUCCUGAAAGAAGUGAUAUCAUGCAGUGGACUACCUUACAUGAUGCCAUGUAUUCUCAAGUGAGUGACUUGGACUUGGGACAGGAAUAUAUGUUAGGAAGCAGAGCACAGGGCACAGCUGACACCAAUGAGAUUUCUGAGAAGGCUGGGGUUGGGACCCCUGAAGUCACCUCUGAAGUUACCCCUAAAGAGGCUACCUCUAAAAUUGCCCCUGAAGUUACCUCUAAAGUUGACCCUAAAGUUACCUCUAUAAUUGCCCAUGGAGUUACCUCUGAAGUUACAUCUGAAGAAGCUCCUAAAACUUCAGAGACUAGUGCCCCACCUGUGAAGACUGCCAAACUAAGACCAGAUACUAAGUCACAAACAUUAAGUGCCCCACUGAAUGCUCUUGGUAAGGCCCUUAAUGCCAUGGGCAUCACUGUUAGUAGAGAAACUCUUAAUUCCUUGAGCAUUGCCAUUGAUCCAAGCAUCCUCUCUGCCUUGGGCAUUAGCACUGAUCCAAAUACCCUUGCUGCUAUGGGCAUCAAACCUGUCCCUGGUGCUGGCUUUGGUACUGACCAAUCAUCCAUUGGUGCAUUAUUCGCCGGCCCCCCUGGCCCAUCAUUCCCUGAAGCCACUGGCCCAUCAUCUACUGGACUCACUGACCCAUCAUCUAUUGGAUACACUGGCCCAUCAUUCCCUGAACCCACUGGCCCAUCAUCUACUGGAUCCACUGGCUUAUCAUUCACUGGACUCACUGGCCCAUCAUUCCCUGGACCCAUUGGCCCAUCAUUCUCUGGAACCACUGACUCAUCAUUCCCUGGAUUCACUGACCCAUUAUCCACUGGCCUUACUGGCCCAUCAUUCCCUGGACCUCAUGGCCCACCACUCCCUGGCCCCACUGACCCAUCAUUCCCUGGACCCCCUGGCCCAUUAUUCCCUGGACCCCCUGGCCAGUUAUUCCCUGGACCCACUGGACCAUUGUUCCCUGGACCCACUGGACCAUUGUUCCCUGGACCCCCUGGCCCAUCAUUCCCUGGACCCACUGGCCAGUCAUUUCCUGGAUCCACUGGCCAAUCAUUUCCUGGACCCACUGGCCCAUCAUUUCCUGGACCCACUGGCCCAUCAUUUCCUGGAUCCACUGGCCUAUCAUUCCCUGGAUCCACUGGCCAAUCAUUUUCUGGACUCACUGACCAAUCAUUCUCUGGACUCACUGGCCAAUCAUUCCCCAGUACCACUGGUCCAUCAUCUACCGAGCCCAUUGGCCCAUUAUUCUCUGAACCCACUGGCUCAUUCUCUGAACCCACUGGCCCUACCGAACCUGCUGACUCAUCAUUCCCUGGACCCACUGGCCCAUCAUUUCCUGGACCCAUUGACCCAUCAUUCCCUGGAUCUACUGGUCCAUCAUCCACUGAACCUACUGGCCCAUCAUUUCCUGGCCCUACCGGCUCAUCAUUCCCUGGAUCUACUGGCCCAUCAUCUAUCGAACCUGCUGGUUCAUCAUUCCCUGGACCCAUUGGCCCACCAUUCCCUGGAUCUGCUGGACCAUCAUUUCCAGGACCUUCUGGCCCAUCAUUCCCUGGACUUACUGGCCCAUCAUCCACUGAACCUAUUGGCCCAUCAUUCACCAGACCCACUGGACCAUCAUCCACCGGACCCACUGGCCCAUCAUUCCCUGGCCCCACUGGCCCAUCAUUCCCUGGCCCCACUGGCCCAUCAUUCCCUGGCCCCACUGGUCCAUCAUACACCGGACCCACUGGCCCAUCAUUUCCUGGAUCCACUGGCCCAUCAUUCCCUGGACCCACUGGCCCAUCAUUCCUUGGACCCACUGGUCCAUCAUACACUGGACCCACUGGUCCAUCAUUCCCUGGAUCCACUGGCCCAUCAUUCCCUGGACCCACUGGUUCAUCAUCUAUUGAACCCACUGGUCCAUCACUCCCUGCACCCACUGACUGGUCAUUCCCUGGACUCACUGGCCCAUCAUUCACUCAACCCACUGGCCCAUUUUCCACCGGCCCUAGUGGCCCAUUAUUCCCUGUAUCCACUGGUCCACCAUCCACUGGUCCCAUUUUUCCACCAUUCACUAGCCCUUCAUUACCCCUUAGUCCCUCAUUCACUGCAAAACCAUUGGCUGUUUCCCCAGGCUUCACUUGGAAUCCUUCAUCUUUCCUUGCUGCUUUGGGUGUCAUUCCUGAUGAAGCCACCCUUAAUGAAUUAGGCAUUGAUCCUAAUGCAGACAGCCUCACUUCUUUGGGUUUAAGGGUUGAUCCAGCCACCCUUGUUGCAUUAGCAAUCCUCACUGGCAAAAGCUUUCCCUCUCGCCUUUAUCCCUCAGCUUUAUUUUCAACUUUGCCAGAGGCCUCAGAUCUCACCACUGGCAAGGCUCCCACUCAGGGGCCCGAAAGAAUGUUAUCUUCAACCAAAUUUUUUAAGCAGCUACCACCAGAUCAACCUUUGAGUGUACAGGGAAAAAGACAAACUGCAAAGAAGUCUGUGGGAUGCUUGAUCAAUUUACCAAUGGAAUGCGAUAGCCUAAAGGAACAAUUGGCCAAGUUGGACAAUAAGGUACAGCAGCUUGCUAACCAAAUAGCAAAUCUUCACUUUCAAGGUUCUCUUGGACUCAUACCCCGGCUAGAGACUGAGAUGAGCAUCCUGCAGGACAAGAUACAUACGUUCCAGGAAUUAGGACAAAAGAGUAUAACUUGUGAGAAGCAUUUGUUAAGGGUGGAGGAACAAUGUAAUCUGCUGGAAAAGAUCAUUGAAGCUCUGCAAGAUAAAAUGGAAGAUAUCAAGGGCCUCAAACUAGCAGUGCUACAACUAGAAAAAGAAAAGGCAGAUAAAAUUUGGAUGGAAGAACAAAUGAGAGAGAAAGCAGACAAGAGUGCCCUAGCCUUCAAAGCAAACCAGGAGGACUUGGAGUUUGCAAAAAUUCACUUAAAUGACAUGAUGUUUGACAUAUUGCAGAAGAUAUCUAUCCAUGAGAAGGACUGGCGUAAGGUGCUGGAGAAGCUUUUCUUUGACAUGGACUCCAAGCUGAACCACAUGGACUUAGAUCCUGUGAAGAAACAGAUGGAGCAUAUGUGGAAAUUUAUAAAAAAGAGCCUAAUGGAAGGCCCUCGCUUUGAUGCAGAAACUGCUGCUGGCUUUAGGAAGCAACUCUUUGAUCGGAUGAAAUGCAUUUCUUGUGACAGGCCUGUGAACGUCAUGACAAGUCCACAGUUGAUUAGUGUCCGGAACUUAGACAUAAGCCACCAUGCCCGGCCAGUCAGUGCAAACAGCUACGAAUAUCUAAAACAGCUAAAAUUAAGGGAAAUGCAACAGCUGCAAUCAAUGACUAAUGCACCUGAAAGGGGGGACAUGCCCACAGAUGGCCAAGCACGUUUGGAUAACAAUUCAAGCCUGAGGCGAAUCGUGAAGAUGCCCAACCUCACCACUAUUCACCCAUAUGGGGAUCCAUCGGUAUUUCCUCCUCCGAAUAGUGAAGUGAACAUACUGGGAGUGGAUGGGAAUUUGUAUAAAGGCAGAAUGGGGCUUCGUGGUACUCCACGUUCCUUUAUGACUGAGAAGGACCUGGCAGGAUUAAAGGUUCCAAAACCACCACCAUCCCGCAAAGUACCUGAGUAUUCCAGUAUCUCUAAUGUCCUCUACCCUGCCUCAAGCCCUAGAACCAGCCUGACUGCCCAGGUCCUGCAGCAGUUUUCGCAACCCAUGAUGCCUUCAGGAAUUCUCCAGCAUUCACCAUCUUCUGCCAACUUAUCUCCAAAAAUACCCAGCACCAAUAACAGGCCUACUACCAAAGCAACCACUAGUGGUGGCCCGUUCACCAGGAAGUUCGGCAAAUCCAGCAAGUCCCGCUCUGCUUCUUUGCCUACCGGCGGUCUCAAUCCCAAUUCACGAGAAGAGGGAACCAACAUGUGAGCCCUUUCUACUCCCCCUUUCCACUGGUGUGCCCCUCCCUCUCCCAUUCAGAAGCCCUUCACUCAUAGCUCAUCCCCUAAAAAAACUCGUUCUGAUAAUGGAUUCCAUGGCCAAACAUGGAUGGAUUUGAAAUCAAAGAACCUGGGUUUAAAACUCAACCCUGCCAAUUAUUACCCUAUGAUUUUAGGCAGAUGAUUUGGUCUCUUUGAGCUUUAAUUUCCUCAUCUGUGAAAUAAGGAAGUUGGAUUAGCUGGGAGGGAUCUUAAGAUCUGGAAGGGAACUCAAAAGCCUUUUAGUGCAAUCCCCUCCUUUUACAGAUGAGGAAGCUGAGGUCCAGAAAGCUUCACUGACAUAAACAAUGUUUUUUUCAGGGGUAAAAUUGGAACUUGGGCCCUUUGACUUCCAAUCUAGUGUUUUUUCGCACUGUUCCAGCUCUCUUAAGGUUUUUCAGAGCAUUUUACACAUAUUUUCUCUUUUGAUCCAACCUCUGUGGCCUACCAGCCAGCCAGGGGCUUCCAAACCCCUUCCAAGGCUCAGCUCUCUUAUUUAGUGGCCCCGGGGGAUUACGGCUCAUUCUGACCCUGCCUUGAACAGCUUUUCCUUUCAUUCUAGCCAAGACCCUAUUCCUUCUUACAAAGUUUAGUUUCCUGUCUAAAUUGUCUUGCAAGCCAGUGACUCCUGGAUUCCUGGUCCCUCCUCCCCUUGCUCCUACCACAGAUGAAUAUUUUUGGAAACUUCUACUCAGAAUAAAAUGUAACUUUUUUUUUUCACUCUGGAUGAAAAGAAAGUAUCUUGGGACCACACACUGAGGGUGUGGUUUUGCCUUCCACGAUUCAUGGAUAGAAGAAGGCUUCCUUCUUCCCCAGAGAGUUGGGGGAGAAAAAAAGGAAGAGCCCAACAAGAGACUGGCUUCUACCCUCUCUUCAGGGCCCACCAUUCUCACUGCUGCGCUCUGCUUUCCUGCCUGCCUAGAGUUGGCAAUUAUUAGAGUCCCUCUGUCACCAUGGCUUGAGGUCACUCCCCUCCCAACCCCAUAGCAGAUGAAAAGGCAGUCUCAUCAUGGCCACUGGUGGGUCAAGUAAGGACAUUGGUUAGAGAGUAUUGUACCAAGUGGAAUACUUGCUUCUUAGUACACCUUAGGAAGGUAUUGCUCUCUCAAGUCCCUCUAUGUCUCUGACUAGCUGGAAAGAAUAGAGGGCAAAUCAUCUUGAAAAAGAAUAAUGGGCGAUAGUAGAGUAUGAUAGAGGUUUGACAAUGGAGACCCAAAACUAUCCAACCUUGCCAAAUACUACCUGAAUUAACUUUGAACAGGUCACUUCACCUCUCCAUGGAAAUGAUAGUUUGAAUUAGACAACUUCUCACGUCCUUUCAGCUUAAAAAUCUAUGAUCCUCUUACAAGAAGAGU